AACCUCAUCUGGUAUCUCAGAGCCUCCAGUCUGUUUUCUCCACACACACACACACAAACACAGCGGCAUGAUAUGGUCCGGAGUGCAGAUUUCUCUUAGAGGGGUCGAGGAGCAAUCGUCAAGACAUGGACUUUAGCCAAAAGAAGCAUUGAAAACCGCUUGACUGCUUGGACUGGACGCUCAAUUACUCUAGCUGACCUUGGAAAACUGAAAGGAGGGAAGUGGAAUUGUGUGACGCAAGGGUACAUCCAGUUCCAUAAUGGCAAUCCCAAAUGACCUCUCCCUUUUCAACUCCACCUCCUCCCCCUAUUCAACGACAGAGAUCUAUCUGAACUCCUCUCUAGCCCCCUCUGCUCCCCCCUGCACAGACUGGCCUCCUGUAUCCAUGACCACGGUCAUCCCCGCCAUCUACAGCAUCAUCUGUGUGCUGGGAACAGCAGCCAACGCCCUGGCAGUGUGCGUGUUGGCCCAUGCCAGUGCCUCAAGGAGAACUGUGGCUAACACUUUCAUGCUGAACCUAUGUGUGUCUGACCUGCUGUUCCUGCUGUCUCUCCCGCUGUGGGCCGUCUACUACUCCCAGGGCUACAGCUGGCCCUUUGGCCGGGUUGCCUGCAAAGUCUGCGGAGCACUCCUCAACCUCAACCUCUACGCGUCUAUCUUCUUCAUCACGAGCAUGAGCAUGGACCGCUACCUGGCCAUCGUGCAUCCGCUACGCUCCCAGAGUGCACGAGACCCCAAACGUGCCCAGCUCACGUGCAUCCUGGUGUGGGUCCUGGCAUGCGCUUGCUCAGCCCCCACCUUGUAUCUGAGGGACACUUACCACCUCGAGGGGCUUGGCGUGGAGGCAUGUGUGAUUUCCUAUCCUGAUCAUACCUGGUAUCUGACCCUGGCCUGGAUGAAGAUCGUUCUGGCCUUCCUGUUGCCGCUGCUUGUCAUCUCCUGUUGCUACUGCGCUAUUGGUAGACAUUUGUUGGCUGAUACAGGGCUGGUCAGAAUGCAGAAUCUGUCACACACCCCCAGCAUGCCCUCUUUUAAAUCACUGGAGAGCAGUAAAACAGAGAGACCUCCAACCCCCUGUGUGAGCCCCAGCUCCAGCGGGGGCAGACCCCUGGAGGGCAGGGGGCUCGAGCGGGUGUUGUGGACAGUAGCUGCUGUGGUCAUGGCCUUCUUCCUCUGCUGGUUCCCCUUCCACUGUGUGACCUUCUUGGACGUGCUGAAGAGCAAGGGCUGGUUGGACAGCUGCUGGGUAAACUGGACCAUCCACAACCUCACCCCUCUCACCCUCUGCUUGGGCUUCUCCAACUCGGCCAUCAACCCCGUGCUCUACUGCUUCAUCGGAAACCAUUUCCGGGGUCGUCUCGGGGGCCUCUGCAAGGGCCUGUGUGCUUGUUUGAAGGCCCGUGGGGAACAUCACAGCCAGAAGAGGGGCUCCUUCAGCACCAGACUGAGCUCCUUCUCCCGAAAACUCAGUGACUUGAAAGACCUGGCGAUCGUGGAGCCCUCUGGUCCUGCCAUAGCCAGCCCCCAGAAGGGAGACUUUCCCUUCCCUCCACUUGCUUCACACCCCAGUGUGUUGUGCCAACGUUAAGUAACUGCUGAACUUCAAUAAGCACGGAUCUGUGAGACGGCACUGUUACUAUAAUUGACUCAUUAUAUACUUAAGUAUUGAGUCAAAUUCCAGCAGAGCUCAAUGCUGCCCUACAAAGACAGAGAAAAGAAGAAGCUGAGAAAAAAAAAGGGUUUUAAGUUUUGAGACUGGUUAGCUAAACCGUGUAACAAACAGAUGAAUUAUAAACUGAAUGCCUGUAAUUCCACAGCAGGCAGCUGUUUUCAGUGAAAAAGCUCUAAAAAUCCACUGUACACUUCCUGCUCAGCAAUAAACAGCAGCCAGACACAGUUAGCGACUAGUUGGUGAACAUAGUGGAGCACAGUAGUUUGGCAAACUUUGAUGUUUUCUCUGAAAUUAUAUAUUUCUAUGGCAUAAUAAUAUUUUAUAUGGUAAAACAAAUGUCAAAAAGUCAGAUUCUGGUCCAUUUCAUCUGAAUGUGUAGCUACUGCAUUUUGGCUUCGUAGGACAGAGCAGGGCAAAAGAUUAAUGAGGUACAGAUGUAUAAGGAUAAUUAUUAGUCAGUCAUGACAAUGCUACUUUUACUGUUCUUUUUGGGACCAAGAUAUUAUAUGUGUAAUCAUGUAACUAAUUACUGCAUUUCUUUGACUGAAAAAGAAAUAAAGUGAACAAUAUUUCCCUAAAAA